AAAUCAUUCUGUAUCUCCUCCUUCCCGAAAUGGGUGCGAUUGACGUCAAUGCACAGCAAAACAAGUACAUCGCUUACUUCUCCCAUGCUGAAGCGGUGUAAUCCUGAAUAUGCUUUCUUGAAUGAGGUGCUUUGGUACAAAUUACGGGGCUAACACGUAAUAGCUCUUUUCAAUACGUGUGAACACUUUUGUGUGAAUCGCAACCGCUUUGAAAACAUCAUCUUGUCCAAUUGGUUCAAACGUUUGCAAUAAUGGUUAUAAUUGCCUAUAUCUGGAUAUUGUUGCAUUUAUACCCUGUGUCUGUCAAAACACUUUCUUUGGCACCAUCCACAAAGCGUGCUCCACCAGAGCCGAUUCCUGAUUUGAACGUAACGCCUUCUCCAGAACAUUCAAAUGGAAGAAAGAGUGAAGAGAAACGCGAAAGAUCAGCCAUCCUUGCUCUUCCAACUCCCAAUUCAGAAGAAAGACAAGGGCUUUUUGAAAUUACAAGAGCUGGUCGUAAAAAGGUAUAAAUUGUGAAAGCGGAAAACUUUACAGAAAGCACCUCUGAUUAUCUCGAAAUUCUCUCACAGUACGUUAUUGAUAGAAACACGAGAAGGAGAGUAGAUUAUGGAGCAAAGAGAGAAGUGGAAAAGGCAAUUCUAAAGUCAGAAGUGCCUUCCGAAGAGAAGCAGGUUUUGCUCGCUAGACAAAAGAGUAAAAGCAUGAAGAGG